CUCGGGGAGGCAUGUAUGUGUAACCCUUGGAGUCACAGGGGUGCUGAUGGAUUUGUUUUGUUUUCCUCUUUCAGCAGCGGUGAGGAUGGUUGGUGCAGUUGCCAGCUGCACAGUGAAAGGCCCAGGCGCCGAAAGGAAGCUAAUCGUGGGGAUCCACAAGGUAGUUUGCUGUAGGGCUUGUUCACCACGCGGGCGACGAAGCUACAGUAAGCUACACUGCCCAAAGUUCUGCCUUCCCCAUGCGCAUGCUGGAGGGUUCCCAUUAAGCUUUGCGGGUCUGGGGGUGGAGCCGUGUUCGCGUGACGUAGCUGAUGUUCGCAACCGUUUGCAUUGUCGCGUUUGUUUGCGUGAAAAAGUCUAGAAACUUUAUUUUCCAAGCGCAGGCGCAGCAUUCGUGAGGUCAUCAGUUGCUGCGCCGCGCCAUGAGGAUUUGCGGUCAUGCCACUGUGCCACAGGGGCUUGCUUGGGGGGGUUCGCACCAAAGAGCGCUCUACGAAACUGUCAACCAAAACGCCCAUCAAGAGUGUCACAUAAGCUGGCAUAUUCACAGUGAUUUGCAUUCGGGUUCAUGGUUUGCUUUGUUGCGUAGGUCUUUCCUUUGCUUGCUGUGACAUGCCAUUGAGUUGUUUGUUCCAUAAGACCCAAUUAUUGCAAAAAAAACAGGUUCAUCUUGGACAGGGCUUUUCUGCCCUUUUCGUGAUGCUGAUUUUACAGAACGUCUCUGGCAUCGUGGUGGGGUACUUCCAUCAAGACUGUUUCCUGCUUGUUUCCACGGCUUUCGGCACACUUGCUGCAGCUUUUGGUCUUGCAAGGAUCUUCCCCAAGCUUGUGCGGGGAGUUGGGACUUGUCCCUGUUGUUCCUGCUACUCAUGCUCGAUGAUCAUCUACAUCGUGACAGCAAUGAUUGUGGUGGUGGCUGGUCUUCUUCCAGGUGAUCCCAAUAAAAUUCUUGAAAAGAGCAUGUUUUCUCCAGCGCCGAACGGAUCCUACUUUGAUGUCAAUCACCAAGCACCAGGUGCGCUUGCAGGCUUUGGAGCAUACCCAAUUUGCAACAACAUCCAGUGGGACAGCCCAAAACCUACGAAAGGCUCCCAGCUCACAGCUCUUGAUCUCCUGGCUUUUGCACAAGCAGUGUAUAUCGGGCCUCGAAAAGAUAUUCAAGAAGAACUGGACAACGCCACGUUGAACACUGAGCUCUAUCCAGUGACUAUAGAUUCCAUCCAGGAUACAGGAGAAGUUGGUCGCGUUGGCGUUUUCAGCAUGUCCAACGUGAAAACGCGUGUGAUUGCCAUCCGUGGCUCAAGCCAAGCUCCAGAUUGGACCUUCAAUUUGGACGUUUGGGGUCCUGGAGUCUUCCACAGCUUUGUGAUCAACGCGUUUCCCUUCGGCACCUUGGUCCCCGUUACCUUUGCUACGAGAAGGCUCAGCUUCGAUGUUCGCGGGCUCUUGGGACUAGAUCAUCCAUGGGUUCGAAUUCUAAAGCAGAUCCAAGCGGCCAAGAAACUCAGCGAGAAGGAUGGCUACAACUUGAUCCUAACUGGGCACUCGUUGGGCGGUGGCCUUGCACAAGUCCUCGGCAGUUUGGAGAGAAUCCCUACACUGGUUUGGAUGCCUGUUGGUGGUGCCUUUACCGCCUACCGCACUUUUGGCUUUGUGAUCAACGAGCUACCAUUGGAGAACAACAUUGUCGCAGUCGUUCCUUGGGGCGAUCUUGUUCCUGCACUGUCGGGAUCACGCAUGGUAACAACCCAACACGUGGGUUGCAGAGCAAGAUCACCUAUUGCUUGCCAUUCUUUGUUCGAGAUGCUUUGCGAACUCUACCGUAAAUGUGGUGAUCCACGUGGCCGGGAUUUGCACGCAACUUGCGACAAGGUUGUCGGCCCCAAUUGGCAAGAUAUCCCUGUGAAGGGCUUCGUUUGGCACACCUUUUUUUAGGUCUCACUACCUUUAUUCCCUUGUUUUUGUGGCUAGGCCAAAAGGUGCCCAGUCUUGAGGCAAAAUCGCCUCAAGGGUUCCGUUGUAGAAGCAGAAAUCGGACCGUUUGUACUUUGCAUGCAUUAUAAUCAGCAGGGAAAACUCUUGAGACGGCAAAUAUUAAUUAGCCCAGCUGGAGACCUGAAUAGCCAG